AGUGGGGCGGAGCCGUUGCUGGCGGAGGAGACCGUAGCUGCGAAUUCGGAGCAGGAUGUUGGAGCGACAGCGAAAUUCUCUAAAUGUGGAAAGCAGGAUUUCGUCCUGGGACCUGAGCUAAAGCAUUCUAUCAUGGGCCAGCAACUCUCAAGCCAGACCCAGACAGUUAUAAAUAAGCUGCCAGAAAAAGUUGUCAAGCACGUCUCUCUUGUUCGAGAAAGUGGCUUCUUGACAUAUGAAGAGUUUUUGGGAAGAGUAGCUGAACUUAAUGACACAACUGCACAAUUAGCUUCUGGCCACAACAAGCAUCUGUUAUUUGAAGUGCAGCCAGGGUCUGAUGCUACAGCUUUAUGGAAGGUGGCUGUUCGGAUAGUUUGCACUAAAAUAAACAAGACAAGUGGGAUUGUGGAAGCUUCAAGAAUCAUGAACUUGUAUCAGUUCAUUCAACUUUAUAAAGAUAUUACAAGUCAGGCAUCACAGGUUCUUUCACAGAACGCUCCCUCAGAAGGAACAGCAGAAGAUCUGUCAUCUGUUGAAUCUUGUCAGGCUAGCCUUUGGAUGGGAAGGGUGAAGCAGCUUACUGAUGAGGAAGAAUGUUGCAUUUGUAUGGAUGGACGUGCUGAUCUGAUCUUGCCCUGUGCCCACAGCUUUUGUCAGAAAUGCAUUGAUAAAUGGAGUGGUCGUCACAGGAAUUGCCCUGUAUGCCGCCUACAGGUGACUGCUGCAAAUGAUUCUUGGGUUGUAUCUGAAGCUCCUACGGAGGAAGAUAUGGCCACUUACAUACUCAACUUGGUGGAUGGGGCAGGCCAGCCCCAUAUACCCUGAUGUUAGUCUUAACAUUCAUAGUCUUAACAUCUCCCAAGAUAUCAUUUUCAUUAUUUUUCAUUUCUUUAUUCACUACAUUAGUUUCUAGAAGCUAAAUCAUUAUUUUUUCAAUAACAACUAGUUCUUUGAAAGCCUACCUGUAUUUAUUAAUUUUAUUAAUUACUCUGAUAACAUUUUUACAGUCAAUACACUAUGAAUUUUCUGAUGUUUCAUGAGGUACUGCAAUAGGAAGUAUUUUAGUUCUAGUAAAACUGUUACGUGUUUGUUAAAAGUUGACUUCAUUGUCUUAGUUGAAGAAUGUGGGUGGUUCGCAAGUCCUGUUGUCCAACACUGUCUAAAAACAAUGCUCAAAUACUUAAAUGUGAAUUAAAAUGACUAGCGUUCUUGAACGUAGUAGUUUCUGUUCUCCCUCCUAGGAAAUAUUGCAACUGUUGUUAUUGACAUGCGAUUAAAUCAGUAAUUGGUAUGUUA